UUGAAUGCGACGAGACGCCGCUAAUAGUUAAAGUACAACUAAAGCAAACAGACGCUUGGAAUCAUUUAAACGCCGUUUCCACGCGAUGCUAUGCUGACCAUUAUGCGUGUAGCGUAACGUUGAACGUCAGCUUGUCUUUGAAACGCGACGUUUGCGGUCGGAAAGGCUCCGAGAAGGUAGAAACUGCAGGGCCACGCCGAGGUGACCUCCCCUGGGGCGAGCUCCAAACUUCACUCGUUUCGUCGUCUAGCCGCGCGUAGUUCAAGUCUUUUCCUUUCUGGCUGCCGUUGGUCGCCGCUGUUAAGGUAUAUCGGCAGUGUGCAGAGAACAGCCCACAAGAAUGGCAGCUUAUCCGUCCAGUACAGCAGUAGGCAGUACAGCAGAACCCUACAGGGCCACCAAACUGUGGAAUGCAGCCAUCGAAGCCUUCUGCCAGGGCAUGCCAACAGGCACACGCCGGUUCCUGCUGCGUCAGUAUGACAGCGCGUUCACGGCCAGCGAGGCAGUGGACUGGCUGCAUCAGUACCUGAGGAGUAGCGAUGACUUUGGUCCUUCAGUCACCAGGCACCAGACUGUUCAACUCCUACAGAAGUUUCUCACUGCUGGGAUAUUCACCGAGGUCCGUGGCAAGGGGAGUAGCUUUCAGGACAACAAAAAUAUCUAUAGAUUUACAUGUCCAGAGCCCUGUCCAACAGUGUGCAGUCAGGCACCCUUAUCCGUUAGAGACACCAACACCUUGUCUGUAGAAUCGUGUCCUGGGGAGAAAACAGGCAAACCACUCAAAGCAAAGCCACCAGUGCCUCCUGUAGAUCCACAACUAGAACUGCAGGCGUGGAAUCAAGCCACUUUAAAAAGACUCACAGAAUUGUUGGGAGAAGACUGGGUCUGUAGAAUGAUAGACAACUACUGUGUCAACGGCAGCCACAUGAAGCACAAUGUCACCAGAAGGAGUCGAUCUGGCAUUGUGGAGCCGACAGCUGAGCAAGAUGAUGUUCCACACUGGGUGCUGUCUGCAAUGAAGUGUCUGGCCAAUUGGCGCACUGGCGAUGAGCAGUCAGGAGAGUGGCAGUCCUGUUACUCUGGGUUUGAGCUGGAUGUGCUGAAGGUGAUCUCCGAGUACUUCCAGGGCCUGGAGCAGCCUCUCCUCCAUCCUGUGUCUGCCAGCCUCAUCAAUAGGCUGAUGGGCUUUACCCAAGGUGGGCACGGCAGCAAGGAACCAUUGCUUCUGCACAAAGAUGUCCAGCGCAAGACACGACCCAACACUGUGAGGAGAAUCAAAUCUUUCUCCAUGAUGUCGAAUGACAAAAAACAAAACUUCGUCAAACGGUACACAAGCAGCCCUGGCCUGUCUCGAGCAGCCAGCCAUGACUGUCUGUCUGGUGAGAGAAGUAUCUCCAGCAAUGAUGUAUCUCCUGAAGGUCUCAGCAGCAUAUCACGGGCUACCAGUUAUACAUGUCUGUCUGGGGAAAAGAGUCUCUCCAGCGGUGGCUUAAAUUCACCCCAACAUUAUGGAGUCAAACCCAGGGCCCCACGAGGGAGAAUGUUUUCCAUUGUCGGCUGGAGCAAUCCCAAGUUGAACCAAGUUACCGACUCCCAGGAACCUUCAGGCUUUCGUACGGGACCUGUCUCCGCCGGGCUGGUAGGUGGACUCAGACGCGGCAUUGCUCGUAUCAAGACGACCAGGCAGGGUACAGAUGAUGAACAUGUCCAUGUGCAGAUGGCCACCACUACGGAGGCACUGCAGCUGUGCUGUCUGUUGUCUCAUCCAAACGACUACCGUAAACUGCAGCUGUUGGCUAGGUUCAUGACGUCCGUGGCCAACAACCCUUCCCUCACACUGCACCCAAGUCUUCCUGCCAGAACACUGAUGCUGAAGAUCUUCACCUGGUGUAUCGUGAGAGGCAAUAGCCACCAACAGAACCAGUAUGCCUAUGACUUUGGGGCCAUGCAGAUGGCCUCCUACCUCCUGGACCACCACAAGGACAUCCUGGUGUCUCCUCCAGACUUACAGCACAGAGUACAGAGGCUGCUUCUCAGGAGCAGGCCAGAGCAGAGGGUCACCUACUGCAAGCAGAUCAGCAGUGAGGAGUUUGAGAACCAGAAGCUGAGUCUAUCCCAGCAUGCCCUGGGAGAACUGCUACAGUCCAUCCUCAAUGACACCCGCAUGCCAAAUAAGGUCAGGCAGAGGAAGCUCAAGCAGUUUAAGGAGAUCUAUCCAGACAUCUAUGCUGAGCAUGUUGCAACAGAGAGCAAGGAGAACCUUGCACGGGCACAAACAACGGCCAAGCAGACUUUUCCUAAAAUCAAAAAGCCACUGCUAAAGCUGAGUGGUUUGCGAUUUUAGUCGCCAUGUGGGGCAAUGCGAGAUGAUGUCAUUGAUGUAUAGAGAUGUACAGAUCUAAGGCUAUUUUUGUGUGAAUUGUUUGUAACAAUCAAGUUAACAAUUAUGUACAAUGAUAAUUUUGUAAAUAGAAACAAUAAUUGUAAAGACAACAGAUAAUAUAUCCAAACCACGUCAUUAAUGAAAUUGACCUUUGCAUCACAGUUUUGGUGUGGAAGGGGACACAUCCCAAACACUGUCUGUCACUUUCCUAUGACUUUAUGUUUUUUUUUUCCUUCUUAAGACUGAAAUUGUUCCAGUUGGUUAUUGAACAAGUGAAGUCAGUUAUUAGAAAAAAGUAGUAGUAGUAGUUAGAAAAUGUAGGAUUAUCUGUUUCUGUAUAGGUUAGCCUUAGUUUGACUUUAAGUCAUGUCUUUGUUUGUAACUUUUGUUUGUCCCUGUUCAGGAAUGUGUGAUUUCCCAAACAGCCUCACCAAUAUGUUGAAUGUGUAUAUCAGAUCACAUUUAUGCUUGCACUGACAAUUCACAUCUUACUCUAGAUAUCUUACACAAUCAUGAUUUUGUAUAAUUUGGAAUGCUCUUCUAAGUUUUACUUUCAGCACAUAGCCUAGAUGAUUUUUGUAAGAAAUCAGUGUGUAGGCAAUAGUAGUCAUUGUAGAUUUGUUUUGACAGUAGGUUGUAGAGCUGAAUGUUUCAUGUAAAUUGAUAACAUAAUGUUGCACUAUCAUUAAAAAAAUUUGUUAGUC